AAUUUAGCCUCCCGGCACGCGAAAAAUGAAUGGGCGCCAUCGUGCGCGUGGCAUCUUGGGAAAUGUAGUUUACAGGCUCAAUGACAAGCAAAGUCCAAGAAGGGAGGGGCGGGGAAGCAAAUCGAUCUUGGCCUCGGAAUAAAAAGAACAAAGAAUCGCUGACAGCUUGCGCGUCACGGCGCUGCAGCCACGCAGAUCGUGGAUUUAGCCGCUUUGGCCGUGCCCGUUGCAUGCCGGGAAAUGCAGUUCGCGAGCCCCAGUUACGUCGACACAAGAUGACGGGACUCACGUUGUACGUUGAGAUCGGGUCCCGCACGCCGGAGCCUGGGCGGUCCACGAUGCCGAGUUUGCCAAACUGCCACAGCCCAUAGGUUUGCCCGCCGGACAUUCGGGUGGACUAGGAACACGAACUGAAGCCCUACGACUAACCCGUUUGCGCUCUCGCGGAGGCACAGGCUGCUCGAGGACCACCCUGACUCAGAAACUAAGAGGUAGGUGGUCACCUGGUUACUGAUACUGGGAGGCAUCAGCUGACUGUCUGCAGGUCCUUGGGCAAGUGGUGUGUGAGAUGGGACGGACGUCGAAGGACAAGCGGGAUGUCUACUACCGCCUGGCCAAGGAGAAUGGCUGGCGUGCUCGCAGCGCCUUCAAACUGCUACAACUGGACAAGGAAUUUCAUCUCUUUCAAGGUGUGACACGGGCAGUUGACCUGUGCGCAGCCCCAGGCAGCUGGAGCCAGGUGCUGAGCCAGAAGAUUGGGGGCCAAGGGUCCGGCCACGUGGUGGCUGUGGACCUGCAGGCUAUGGCUCCACUACCAGGUGUGGUACAGAUCCAGGGUGACAUCACUCAGCUGUCCACUGCCAAGGAGAUCAUCCAGCACUUUAAGGGCUGCCCUGCGGACCUAGUGGUGUGUGACGGGGCUCCUGAUGUAACCGGCCUCCAUGAUGUUGACGAGUAUAUGCAGGCCCAGCUCCUCCUAGCUGCUCUGAACAUCGCUACACAUGUCCUGAAGCCAGGGGGCUGCUUUGUGGCCAAGAUAUUCCGAGGCCGGGAUGUGACGCUCCUCUACAGCCAGCUGCGGGUCUUCUUCUCCAGCGUGCUGUGUGCCAAGCCCAGGAGCAGCCGGAACUCCAGCAUCGAGGCCUUUGCUGUCUGUCAGGGCUAUGACCCUCCCGAGGGCUUCAUGCCGGACCUGAGCAAACCCCUGCUGGACCACUCUUACGACUCAGAUUUCAACCAGCUGGAUGGUCCCACCCGCAUCAUUGUGCCUUUUGUGACCUGUGGGGACCUGAGCUCCUACGACUCGGACCGCAGUUACCCACUGGACCUAGAGGAUGGCUCCGAGUACAAGUAUACUCCACCUACACAGCCCCCCAUCUCACCACCAUACCAGGAGGCCUGCACAUUGAAGAAGAAGGGGCAGCUGGCCAAGGAGAUCCGCCCCCAGGACUGCCCCAUCAGCAGAGUAGACACAUUUCCCCAGCCCCUAGCCGCCCCUCAGUGCCACACACUGCUGGCCUCUGAGGUCUGGAAAUGUGACUCUGAGCCUGCAUUGACCCCUUCCCCUCUUUCUGACCCAAACCUCAUGGUUUCUGGGGCCAAAAUUCUCUUUCCUGCCUCCCAAUAGCUAUAAAAAAUUGGUAAAACCAAGCAUAAUGAAUGGAAAAGUUUCACCAAACAUGUGAGUCACUUAUCUUUUUCUUGGGUAAAUGGAAGACAAUGAAAUGAGUUGUUCACCUUAACCCAUUAUGGUAAGUUUGCCUGGUUAUCUAAGGGUUUGAGUAAGGGCCACUUUUAUGAAAAACCUCAGUAAAAUUUCACCUUUGAAAUUUUUAUGUCAACUGAUAAGAUUUUAAUCAACAAGCCCUUUUCUAAAUAUCUGUUGUUAUAUGUUAGGAACUGCUUUAAGCAUUUUACAUUUGAGGCAUUCAGUAAACAUUUAUUGAGCACAUAAUGUGUGCCAGGCGUUGUUCUAGGUUUGGAGAUAGAGCAGGGAGCAAAACAAACAUCUUGGCUCUCACAGAGCUUCCAGUUUGGGAAAGAGGCAACAAUCAAUAAAACAGUCUGUGAGUGCAAGAGUUUACAUAUACGCACACACACACUAUAUAGCUUGCAUUUCUCCAUUUACAUACCUUGCAAUAUAUGUAACAUGUAAGAGUAAUAUGGGCUAUAAAAAAUAGAAAAAGGUAAAUCAGGGUGAAGAGAAUCAGGAAUUCUAGGCAUGGCAGUUUUCAUCUUUUGGUGUGGUUUUUUUUUUGAGACAAGGUCUCACUCUGUCGCCCAGGAGUUCAGUGGUGCCAUCUUCCAGGUUCAAACAAUCCUCCUACCUCAGCUUCCCAAGUAACUGGGACUACAGUCAUGCACCACCAGGCCCAGCAAAUUUUGUAUUUUGGGGGGAGAUUGAGUUUCACCAUGUUGCCCAGGCUCAUCUUGAUCUACUGGGCUCAAGCAGUCUGCCCUCCUCGGCCUCCCAAAGAACCAGGAUUAUAGGCAUGAGCUGUUGCACCCAGUCAGUUUGCACUUUUUAAAAAGGAUUGUCACAGAAGGCCUUAGACAUUCCUCACAGUGUAAUGUUUGAGCAAAGACCUGAACGUACCACUGGAGGGAAGCUGUGUAUUUAUUGGAGGGAAGAGCAUUCUGGGUAAAGGAAAUUGCCAAGUCCCAAAGGUGGAACCACAUGUGGUAUAGGAGGAAAGUUUAUCCAUAUAGCCACAUGUGCUAAAACUGACCUUAGAGGAUGGUCCUUUCUGACAAUUACAUAGGAGGAUAUUCAGACUAAGUCUGCCAUCACAAAAAGCCACCUUUUUUUUGAGAUGGAGGAUUGCCCUGUCACCCAGGCUGGAGUGCAAUGACAGUCUCAGCCUCCUGAGUAGCUGGGAUUACAGGCACCCACCGCCAUGCAUAACUAAUUUUUGUAUUUUUAGUAGAGACAGGGUUUCGCCAUGUUGGCCAGACUGCUCUCGAACUCCUGACCUCAGGUGAUCCACCCACCUCGGCCUCCCAAAAUUCUGGGAUUACAGGUGUGAGCCACCGCGCCUGACCUUUUUUGUUUUGUUUUGUUUUGAGAUGGAGGGAGUCUUGCUGUGUCGCCCAGGCUGGAUGGAGUGCAGUGGCACUAUCUCAGCUCACUCCAACCUCUGCCUCCUGGGUUCAAGAGAUUCUCCUGCCUCCACCUCCUGAGUAGCUGGGAUUACAGAUACAUGCCACCACCUUACCUGGCUGAUUUUUGUGUUUUUAGUAGAGAAGCGGUUUUGCCAUGUUGGCCAGGCUGGUCUUGAACUCCUGACCUCACAAGAUCUGCCUGGCUCAGGCCUCCCAAAGUGUUGGGAUUACAGGCAUGAGCCACCACACCCAGCCACAAGAAGUCACCUUAAGAGAAAUUGAAACAGCAAGUCAUUGUGUGAAAAGAGAUUGACAAUUUCUAAUAUUUAAAGGGUCCCAUAAAUCAAUAAGAAAAAAAUGAGAAUGGCCAGUAAGUGUAUGAAAAGCUGCUCAUCAGGAAAAUGGAAGUGAAAACUCAAAAUAUUGACAAGACUAAGUAUUUGGAAGGAUAUGCAGCAAUUGAAAGCCUCAUACACACUACUGGGAAUGUAAAAUGGUACAGCCACUGUGGAAAACCAUUAGGCAUUAUCUACUAAAGCUGCAUGGGUACGAGUUCCACUCCUAAGAAAUGAAUCCUAGAGACCCGGCAUGGUGGCAGCCGCCUGUAAUCCCAGCUACUCAGAAGGCUGAGGCAGGAGAAUUGCUUGAACUCGGGAGGUGGAGGUUGCAGUGAGCUGAGAACGCACCACUGCACUCCAGCCUGGGCAACAGAGUAAGACUCCGUCUCAAAAAAAAAAAAAGGUCAUGUGGGGUGGUUCACGCAUGUAAUCCCAGUACUUUGGGAGGCUGAGGUGGGUGGAUCACCUGAGGUCAGGAGUUUGAGACCAGCCUGACCAACAUGGUGAAAUGCUGUCUCUACUGAAAAUACAAAAUCAGCUGGGUGUGGUGGCACAUGCCUGUAAUCCCAGUUACUUGGGAGGCUUGAACCCAGGAGGUGGAGGUUGCAGUAAACAAAGAUUGUGCCAUUGCACUCUAGCCUGGGCAAUAAGAAUGAAACUUCAUCUCAAAAAAAAAAAAAAGAAAGAAAGAAUUGAGUCCUAGAGUGUUGCCAGCAGCACUAUCUGUAGUAUGCCCAUUCCAUCAUGGUAUACUCACGGUGAAGAACUGCACAAUGACAGUGAACAUCCUGCAAUUAUACCAAGUAACACCUUGUACUUAUUCAUUCAACUGAACAUACAUAUGUUUUAUGUAUUUUCUAUAUGUUACAGUUCACCAUAAAAGUAAGAGGAAAUGUCACAGAAAUGUUAGCAGCAGAGUUAGCUGGGUGUGGUGGCACAUGCCUGCCUGUAAUCCCAGCUACUUGGGAGGCUGAGGCAGGAGGAUCACUUGAGCUUAGGUUGAGGCUUUCGUGAGCUAUGAUUGCACCACUGUACUCUAGCCUGGGUGACAGAGCGAGACUAUAAAAAAAAAAAAAAAUACUUUCUUUGACUUUUGGUUAGCUGGCAAGCUGAUACAACUCAGAGACUGCUCAAUGUCAGGAAAACCGGAACUUGUUGAUGAACUUGUUUUCAAAAUAUCAUCUCAACAACGAGGCCUGGACAAACAAGGUCUGAGGAGGGAACUGCAACAACCCUGAAGACAACAAGGAACGAAACCACAGAAGCCUGUCUGCACUGCAGUGGGAAUUCUUGGGUGAGGUCUUACCUCUUUAAACAUCUUCAGGAGUGUCCUGAUUAUAUCCAGAAUUUCCCCUAACAGGAAGGAUUCUUAAAGACCUGGAUAGAAGCCAGGGGUAACCAGGAACUUGAUGGGAGAACAUGUUACAUCUUCAUUUUCGGUAAUAUAACUGAAAUUUGGCCUUACUCCCAAGUUAUAAAUGCUGGUAACAAAUCACAAUAGUAAAAGCAGUACCUGGGGUUUUCCCACCAAUACAAACCAGUUACAACUGUAAUGUAACAUAAAAAGGGCAUCUUGAAAUAUUGUUCGUAUUUGUCACCUCUUGGAAUGAUAGCAGAUCUUAUAAUUUGAUGUAUUAAUUUAAAAGCCCAUAUAUUACUGCAUCUCAA